AUGGUCGGGUGCUUUAUAUGGAUUUGGAUUUUGCUUAUUUCAGCUAUAUGUUCUUCCAAUCAUGGUGAUGAUGAUUACAAUAUUGAUGGAAUAGUUGUUAAUGAAUGGGAAUUUGUUCGUGAUUUAUUUAAAGAAAAUUUCGUUGAACAACGAGAUUUAGGUGCUUCUAUAGCCAUCUAUCAUCAAGGUAGAUUAGUUGUAGAUUUAUGGGGUGGAUGGUUUGAUCGUUCGUUCACUAAACCUUAUGAUAAUAAUACAUUACAGUUAGUAUUUUCAGCCACCAAAGGUUUAGUAGCUAUUGCUACUGCAUUAUGUGUUCAAAAAGGAUUACUUAAUUAUUCAGAAUUAGUUACAAAAUAUUGGCCUGAAUAUGGACAAAAUGGCAAAGAAAAUACAACAGUAGCAGAUAUACUCUCACAUCGUGCUGGACAACCAUUUACAUCAGGCCCAUCCGAACAGAUUUUCAAUUGGACAGCAAUGAUUCAUGCAUUAGAACAACAACGACCAUUAUGGCCACCUGGAACUGCUCAUAGUUAUCAUGCACUCACAUAUGGAUGGCUUACUGGUGAACUUAUACGACGUGUUGAUCCAAAGAAGAGAACUGUCGGACAGUUUAUUCAAGAUGAAAUUGCCAAUCCAUUACAAAUCGAAUUUUAUAUUGGUUUACCAUUAGAACAAGAUUAUCGUGUAUCACCACUUACUUUAAGUUUAGAUGAUCUUCGAACAAUGAAUGAUUCAAUGAAAGCUUUUUAUAUACUGUACAAUGAUCCUCGUCUACAUCAAGCUGAAAUACCAGCAACAAAUGGAAUAACAAGUGCUAAAUCAUUAGCAAGAGUGUAUGCAUCUCUAAUUAUUAAUUUGGACGAUGGAAAACAAAAACGAUUGUUGGAUGAAACAAUUCUAAAUCAAGCAACGAAAUCAAACACACCUAAAGAUGAACUCGAUUUUAUAACAGGUACACAUUCAGCAUUUGGUAUGGGAUUUACCCUGUUUGAUCAAACAUUUCCAAUGUUUAAAUCAAAAAUAUUUGGUCAUAUUGGAGCUGGGGGUAGUAUUGGUUUUGCUGUACCUUCAAAAAAUCUUUCAUUUGCAUAUGUUGUGAAUCAACUUGAUAUGACAAGAAGAAAUCCUACUCGUCAACGAAUUCAAACAAUCCUGGAAAAAAUUUCAACAAAGAUCAGUGACGAUUAUUAA